AUGGCCGAUUUCAACCAGUUCGGCGCAUCAGACGAGGAGAAUGCCGAGAUCAAAAAACUAAAUCAGGAUGUGGAAGCGGAUACGGAUAGUUUUGAGGCCUGGGAAAAGCUCAUUCGAGCUUGCGAAGCUCAGGAGGGGGGGUUAAACCGCAACUCUAGUCCCCAAGCACUUGCUACCCUCCGUGAUGCCUACGACCGGUUUCUCCUCAAGUUCCCAUUGUUAUUUGGAUACUGGAAGAAGUAUGCGGAUUUAGAAUUCAACAUAUCCGGUCCUGAAUCGGCAGAAAUGAUCUAUGAGCGCGGAUGCGCGAGCAUCAAGAACUGCGUAGAUCUUUGGGCUUCGUACUGCUCCUUCAAGAUGGAGACAACACACACACCCCAUUUGGUCAGAGAACUCUUUGAGCGGGCUGCCACCUGUGUAGGGCUCGACUUUCUUGCCCACCCUUUCUGGGACAAAUACAUUGAGUACGAAGAACGACAGGAGGCUCAAGAUAAAAUAUUUGCAAUUCUGCAGCGCGUAAUCCAUAUUCCGAUGCACCAAUAUGCUCGUUACUUUGAAAGGUUCCGCCAAAUGGCGCACAGUCGCCCCAUUGAAGAAUUGGUACCUGCUGAUACGCUUGCACGUUUUCGAACCGAAGUCGAGGCCGAAACUGCUGCUUAUGGUGGCCUGGCUCGGCCGGAACUGGAAGUGGAACGUGAUAUCAGAGCCAAAAUCGAUGCCAUGUUCUACGAGGUAUUUCAGCGCACCCAAGAUGAAACGACAAAACGAUGGACAUAUGAGUCGGAGGUCAAGAGACCUUACUUUCAUGUCACGGAACUGGAGAAUUCUCAAAUUGCAAACUGGCGCAAAUAUCUAGACUUUGAAGAAGCCCAGGGGGAUUACGCCAGGAUUGUUUUCCUAUAUGAGCGCUGCCUAGUCACUGGCGCUCUCUAUGAUGAAUUCUGGAUGCGGUAUGCUCGAUGGAUGUCAGCACAGCCUGAUAAGGAAGAAGAAGUGCGUAAUAUCUACAUGAGAGCAUCUACACUGUUUGUGCCUGUCAGUAGACCUGGUGUAAGAUUGCAAUGGGCGUACUUUGAGGAGUCCACGGGCCGCAUUGGAAUCGCCCGAGACAUUCACGAUGCUAUUCUCAUGCAACUGCCUGAUUGUGUCGAGGCCAUUGUGUCAUGGGCGAACCUCGAGCGACGUCAGAACGGCCUUGACGCCGCAAUCCAAGUAUACAAGGCUCAAAUCGACGCCCAGCAUGUCAAUAUCUUUACAAAGGCAGUCCUAGUCACACAAUGGGCCUCGCUCUUAUGGAAAGUGAAGGGCUCCAUUGCAGAAGCACGGACCGUCUUUGUCAAAAACGUGCAGUGGUACGGUGACAGCCGACAUUUCUGGGAGAAAUGGAUUCAAUUCGAGUUGGAACAACCUACUAGUUUAGAACUCGAAGACCCGCACGGGGAACGCCUUGAGCAUAUUUUCAAUGAGCUACUCAGCAAGAGUCGCAUCUCAUCCGCAGCCAAGAAGCAGUUGUUCUUGACAUACCUCGACUACCUACAAGAGAGAGGUGGUAAGAAUGCGAUGAAGACAUUCCUGAGACUGGAUCGCGAGAUAUACGGUCCUAUCUCGUUGUCGAUUCUCGACAAGAAUUCAUUGAAAGAGAAUGGCGCGCCCAAAGCUAUCCUGGAUGAGGCUACCCGAGUUAAGGCCGAAAGCAGAUAUCCGAACUACUACGAGUAUUACAGCGAACCUGAUGCCAGUGUUCCGGGCAACGCACCCUUUGAAUAG